AUGGGUGGCGGUGGAAUGUUGGUUGGAGGCCCUGAAUUCUGGCAAAGUAUUGAGAUUCUGUCACAUGACCCGAAUUUGUUUGUUACUUCAACUUUAUAUGAGAAAGCCGUCAACGCCGUCGAUAUAGAGUUCUCUAUCUCUUUGAAUGAUGGAAAAUACCGUGUAGCACUUGGGAAGUGGAAGGCUGCUCUUAAUUUGAUGCCUGAAAAUGCAGUCUUACAUGAACAAAAGGCACAAGGGCAACUGAGUUGGAACCUUCAUGGGCUGAGAUAUGACGAUGCUAUACUCUUAUGGUGCUUCUGUCAAGCAUGGGUCACCCUUGACAGAGCACAGUUGAACUUUGGGGAGCCUGACAGAGCAACUGAGAACUUCCUUAGAGCAAUAGCCAUAAAGCCAGAUGAUUCUAAGGAGGCUCAAGAUGACAGGCACAGUGCAUCACAGCUUGUAAAAAGGUGA